CAGAAACAUACGCGAACACAGAAUUUUUGUAGAUUCAGCAGUGACCAACCGAAAGAGCCGCACGUCAAUAAUCAGUUCAAGAUACCUACAUUCGGUAGACGGUUGAUGGCUGAGUGUAUCGACUUUUUUAUCUGCUUUUUUAUUAGCAUCAAAUUGCUGGCUGCAGAAGGUGAUCUCAAGCUGUUCAUCGAUUUGAGUCAAAAACUGCUUCCGAUCGAAAUAGCGAAGAAAUUGAUAAUCAGCGUUUUUGAGGCACGUUUAAAUUAUGGCGUCGGUUCAGUGCCUCCAGGAUGCACACCCGGCAAGUACGUAAUUGGUAUCAAGGUCAUUAAUUCAGACUCAGUGAUGCCGGUCAGCGUCGAAGACAACAGCCACGUAAUUGUCGUUGGCGAUUCUCAACGCAUUACACUAAUUCGUGCUUUGCUUCGGUCAAUAACGAAGAAUUUUGCUCUCGGAUUUCUCUUUCCGGCAUGUGUGACAAUGUACGCGUUUCGUUUCAACCGCUCUCUGUACGACGUAUUCGCCAAAACAAUCGUCGUCGAACUUUGA